AUGGAGGACAACGUCAGCUUUGACAGAGCUGCUGCUGCGCAGUCGCCACUUGCCUCAGAGUCUGCGUCAGCGGCGCUUGCGCUUAACUUUUUGGAUUUUCAGUCAACGGCGAGACGUAAAAGCGGCAACAACCAGAGAAAAUUAAAGCCAAAGCGGGUACGAGGAGAAAAUAAUAGCAAAAAAAAGGGCAAGGAGAGCUACAGCUACCAGCACAAUUACGUGGAUCGGGUGCGUCUAGAGGACACCAACGGGGUGCACCAACACAGCCACAGCCACUACCACAACAGCAGCAGCACCACCACCACCGCCCACGAUCCGAGGUGUCCCCAGGGACUGCGGGCUGCUGCCGCUGGCUGGCGGCACACGCACAAAUCCGUGUCGCAUCUCGAUUUGGCCACCAGCUGCCAUGAAGCAGCUGGCAAUGGCUUAGGUCGCCACACGCAGCACCACGCACACGUUCACCAUUCGCAUCCGCAUCACCUGCAGCACGCCCAUCAUUCGCAUCAUCCACACGCCCAGCCCCAUUGGACGCAGUGCCGCGUUGGCCUUGGCGGCGGAGGAGGAGGCGGACCAGUUGGUGGUCAGCUAAGGAACGCCCGCUCUUUGGACUACACGCAGCUCGAGCGGGAGGAGAACGCCUUGGACAUAGCCGAGUUCUACUGGCGAUUUGAUGCGGAAGCUCCGCUAGACCACGGCGAUAGCUACGCGGUGCUUCCCAUCAGCGACUUUGAGGCAGCAGCAGCAGCAGUAGGAGAAGCAUCCACCAUUACCACCCCUGUAAAUGGUGGCACAACAGCCACAGCCACUGCCACUGCCACAGCGACAGCCACUGCUACCGCCACACUGCUCGAUCUAUUGGGCAGCGAAUCGUGCAGCCUGAGGCGAUCGCGCAGCUUGGCGGUGAUACGUGAGGAGACAUUUAGUGAUCUGCAAAUUGGUUCGGCAAACAGCAGCAGGCGUAGAUCGCAGCUAAUACCGCGUGCGCGGCUCGUUAAUCGCGGAUUUUUCCGUGAAUCGCCGAGAUUGAACGCCAAGCAUCAGCAGCAGCAACAGCAGCAGACGACCUCCUCCACGAUUGAGCAGCCACUGGAGACGCCACCAGCGGAUGACACUCAAAGUCACAGAAGCAGCAACAACAGUGGCACUUGUGAUUCGCAUCAGCAGCAGCAGCAGCAGCAACAGCAGCAGCAGACACAUCCCAAGAGGGGAAAUCUGGCAAGAGGGGAAUCGCGUGACUUUGAUUUAUACUACGAUAAUCUGAAACGCUUGGACGCCUUGGCUUUGGGUCUCAGCGAGCAGCUGCAUCCGUGGCACAACGACAAGAGCGACUUGGAGAGCCUCAAUUCGGAUUACUUUAAGAAUUCAUUGCAUCAGAAUCACUUGGAGCAGCAGCAGCAGCAACAGCAACAGCAGGGACCUUCAUCCUUGGAAUUCGAAGCACUAGAGCAGGCGGCAGUGAAUCUUCUGAAGGAGAGGCCACGCAUCUAUCAGUCGCGCAGGCAGCAGCAGCAGCAUCAGCAGCGCAACCAUCACCAUCAUCAGUGCCACCUGCAGCGUCACUUGCAGCAGGACACUGGGGCAGAGUCCUGUCCAGAGCAUAGCCAGAGCAGCGUCUUCCCAGAGACAACGACCAGCAAUUCCGACGAUCAGACGGACAGUCCCUCGCUCUCCGAGCAGGAAUACGAUCUCACGCACAUCGAGGAGAUCUACCAGCAGCAGGGAGGAGCAAGCGGAGGAGCAUCCAACGGUGUGGAGGAGAGCUACGAGAUCAUCAGCCUCACGACUACAGCCAGGACAACAACGCGCUUCGAGGAGAGCAGCGACCAGGAGGAUUAUCAGGAGGGAGACGACACGGCUGCAGAGGAGAGCCGCACCCCCACCUCUGCAGAGAUCCCGGCCAGCGACAGCGACAGCACCUUGAAGCGGUGCCACGGGGAGCAUCUGAUUGCCUACGAUUCGGUGUAUCUCUCGUCGGAGGAUAGCUCCGACUGCACGCUGAUUGGCGAGUCCUGCGAGUCCUUCGAGCAGCGCACCUUCACCAGCUGCGGCGAGAGCGGGGAACUGGAAACGCGCAGUCUGCUGCACAUCUCCAUUGAGGACACGGUGUACGAGCCGCAGGCGAAGCAGCACAAAAAGGGCGCAGCAGAGGAGCCCCUACUGACCACCGCCAAAGUUGAGGCCCAGAUCUUCACGCAGGUCCUGAAGGUAGAGCACACGCCACAGAACAAACCCAAGAUCCUAGCAGUCGUCGAGAAAAGGAAACUCAAGCAGGAGGAGGCGCAAGUGAAGCAGCAACAGCAGCAGCCUGCCACCGACUCCUUUGUGGUGGUAUCCAACCUCCAGGAGAACCAAUACCACAGCCUGCCGGAUGUCAACAUCGGAGUGAGCCUCAAGGUGUGCGAGAGCAUCGACAAGGAGCUGAGAUCUUCCUACAAUCAGCAGCGACAGCAGCAGCGCAAGGACUCCAAGAGGGGAGGUCAGGUGGUGACUCGCGCAGAGACCUACGAUUCCAUCCGACGCUUUGGCAGGGCCCACCAGAAGGCCAGGCAGAAGGAGCAUCAGGAGAGGGAGCGCGAGAGGGAGCGGGAAGCAGCAACAGCAGCAGCAGCAGCAGGGGGAGGAGGUGGGGAAAAGGAAAAGCAGCAGGAAACUCAAAGACAGGAAAAGCCAAAGAUAACAAAGGAAAUCCUUGCAACAGAAGAGCCACAAAGGCAGGAGGAGCUCGAGGAAGAGGAGCCACCAUUGCCACCGCCUCCGCCACCAUUGACAGAAGACGAGCAGCAGGAGGUGGAGCCAGAGCUAGUGUCCAUUGCACAGGUGGAAAAACCGAAGGAGGCGCCUGUCAUCGAGGUGGCAAACUUUAGCAAACUAAUCGAGCGUCGUGCCCAGGAAAUCCGUGAACGCAAGGACCACGACCAGGACGGAAGACGCGAGCAGCAGGAGCAGCAGCGGGAAGCGGAACAGGAAGAGGAGACCCUGUUCCAUAUCAUUGUCACCGACGCCCAGAACAAUAUCAUCCAAAAGGAAGCCAUUCCCGAGGAGCAUUCAUCACAGCGACCCCGCACCGUACGCCGCUCCCAGAGCUCAUCGUGUGGCAAGCCGCCCGAGCGCCGCAUUCUGCACAGCGGCGGGGCGCCCAUCUACAAGGCCAGACCCAUCAAAGUGCUGGCCACAGGCCAUAGCGAGUCGACCUUUUGUCGGGGCAAAAUGUCGCGACCACAGAUCCUGCACGUUGUGGAUGGAGGCGCAACCGAGGGCAGCCUGCGGCGCCGCAGCAGUGCCAGAAGCAUAGCCUCCACCGUCAGUGGCGGGGAAGGAGCAGUGGCCACGGAAUAUCUACAGAAAGUGGAUGCCGUGCGCUGCUAUUGGCAAAAGUUGGCGGGUAAUGAACCAGAAACGGCAGGCCAAGAAAAGGAAAAAGAAGGAGCAGAGGAGCCUACACAGGAGCAGGGCCACACGGCUCUCCACUUUCAGUUGGGUGGCAAGACCACGGCCUUGCAACAGCAACAGACGCAGCAGCAGCAGCAGCCGCACAGCAAUGAUUUCUGCAGCAUGAUGCCUCCCCCCUCGAUUGAGAUUGUGGAACUGGGCGAGGGCUCGCAGAAGGCCACCAUUGUGAGUGCUGCCCCCGAUCCCGACGCGGAUGAGGAGGACGAUCUGGACGGGGCACAGUUCGAUCACAUUCGCUACAAGGUGCUCAAGUCGCAGCAGCUGAUUCGCAGCAACAUUCUGCACCAUUCAACGCGCAACAAGAAGGAGGCGCAGUUUGAUGGCCUCAUCCAGUAUCUGCAGGACUACUCCUUCCAGGAGCUGCUCAGCAACAACAAUGUGGUCAUUGUGGAGCCCGUGAGGACAAAGAUCGAGCGACCACUGCAAGUGGGCGGACACACAACGAGGGUGGCUGCUGCUGCGUCGCCGCCAAAGCCCCCGAGAGUGAUCCAUGCGUCGGGGUCGCAGCCGCGAAGGACCACACUCCGCCAACGACAGUUGGGCGGAGGAGGCGGAGGAGGUGCCGCAGCCAGGCGUCACUUCUUCUAUCAGCCCGUGAGGGUCAAUCGGGAGCUGUACGAAGACGAGCUGCCCGAUCCGGAUACCGUGCGGAAUGUGCGUCGCUUCUUCGAGCAGAAUGUGAUGCCAACUCCGGGGCAAGGACUGCUCGUGCAGUCGCAGCAAAAGUUCGGGGGAUCCGCCUGUCAACUGAGUCCCAAAACCGCCAGGAGAGCCCAGGGAUCGGCGUAUCGAUAUCUCACGAUAGACACGAGCUAUGGUGGCGGCGGCGGCGACUCGUCCUCGUCGGGCGUGGAGCAGCCCAAGGGCAUGGAUCUUCUGGCGGAGGAUGAGCAGGAGCAGCAGCAGCAGCACAAGAACUCCAAGCUGGCCGGCCACUGGGACACUGGCAGUCUCUCGAGUGGCAUCUCGAGCGGUGAUCUGAGCUCCCCCUGCGGCGACUGCCAUCCGCAGGAGUCGUCGCCCGUGAUGGCCUGCAAGGAUGUCCACGUGCAGGAUGUCGUUCGGCGGCACAACAGCAAUGCAGCGAAUGCCAAGGCCCGUGCAAAGUUUGCCGCGCGACGCACCUGGUGCAUGGGUGGUGGGGCAGGUGCCGCCAAUGAUUCGCUCUAUCGUCAAAUUUAUGAACAAAAUUUGGGCCACGAAGUGGAUUGUCCCGAGGAUGAGCAGGAGGAGGACCACUACGACGAGGAGGAGGAGCAGCAGUCCGAGGAGCAGGACAUGUGCGAGAACUAUUAUGUCAGCAAUGAUAUUCUGGCCAAGAUAAGGGAAUGCGGCUCAACAGUCACUUAUUACGGCGGCAAAGUCCUGGAUAAUGCUACCACAUCGAAGAUGCCUCUGCCACAAGCAGCCGCCGCCGCAGUCGCACAGCAAAUGAAUGGCACACGCUCUCGCAUACGUCAGAUUGAGGCGUGCAACGUGUGUCUGCCCAGCGAUAGAUGCGAGCAUCGAUUGCAGACGAAGCAAAGCCUGGUGGAGCAGGAGGAGCAGUCCCAGGAUUCCUAUCAGGGCAUCAAAUUUAAGCUGGUUAAAUCGAAUAGCUGCAGCAGUCGCCUGGAGCUAGCUGGCGCCGAUACGGAGGCCGAUAGCGAAGUGGUGCGCAAAAUGGUUCAUCAUUUCGAGGCAACAGCCACAGAUCCUGUGACUAUCAACAGUCAGAGCCACAGCCACGGUCAGAGUCAGAGUCAGAUAACGGAGGCAGCUGCCCCGCCGAGACGCCUCCCAGUGACAGUCAAUAAUCACAUCAAUGUCCAGGCGCAGAAAAGUGAAAACUUUAAUGGAGGCAGCCACAACCAAGCAUCGGAGGCAGCGGCAACGGCAGAGAAUGAGAUAUCAUAUCCCACAUACGAGUCGCAGGCCAUGAACAUACGCCUCGAUGUGGCACGUGGCAACAGCGCCAAUGCCUUGAAUGUGAGCAAAGUUUGCCGCAAUAAAAAUGUGGAUUUGGCCUAUACAUUGGUUAAGCAGCCAACGGUAGUCGGAGGCACGCUUCAGGGAAGAGCCUGCUCCACCCUCGAAGGCAAUCAGUGGCUGCCACAAGGCCAGAAAAUGCCACAAAAUGAAGAGGCAGUGGCAGUGUCAAAAGUUGUCAGCAAACAACAAACAACAGCAGCAAUCAAUGGCAGUGGCAGACCACAAAUCAUUGUGCCAGUGGAAAUACACCAGCAGAUACAGAUACAGCAGGUGGCAAGUCCGACUGUUGCCCCCGAGCGACGCCUGAGCAAUGCCAGCAGCAGUGCCGCCUCGAUUGUGGACAAAACAGUGGUGCGGCAUUAUGUGGCAAAUGAUAGAAGCAUCUACGAGCGACGCAAGUACGAUGAAAUCGAGUUUGAGGAAUUUGAGGUCUAUGAUCCCAGCAAGGAAGUGUUGCUGCCCCAGGAGCAGGAGCAGCAGCAGGAGCAGCAGCAGCAGGAUAAAACCCCAACGGAUGCAGAGCUGUACGACAGCCUCGAUGAUAAAAUGUAAAACGAAUCAAAAAUGCUCAAUCAAACCGAAUCGAAUCGAAUGGAACUUAUUUCAUGGGCAAAUCGACAAUCGAAGUAUCUAUAAAUAAUACCAAAAUAUAUUCAUAUUUCAUGUAAUAAUUUUAGGGCUUAAUUUAUGCCUGAAUCUGGGCCCUAAUUUAGGUUUAAAAGGUAAAGCCAAAAGCUGUCCAAAAACUAUAAUAAAUUAUUUAAUGAUAAUGCUCCCAUGUCGCUGCUGCGAUUUAUUCAAUUGUAAAUUAGAAACAUUUUAUGCUAAAAUAAAUAUGCAAUUUAUUUAAUGAGCUGUCAGGCAA